AUUUUGGGGAGGAUUUGGGGGUUUCUUUGGGGCUGUUUUGGGGUUUCUUCGGGGCUGCUUGGGGCUCACCCCGCUCUCCCUGCAGAUCUCUCAGCACUACAGCAAGCCCCGGGUGACCCCCCUGGAGGUGAUGCCCGUGUUCCCCGACUUCAAGAUGUGGAUCAACCCCUGUGCCCAAGUGAUCUUCGACUCCGACCCGGCCCCCAAGGACACCUCGGGGGCGGCGGCGCUGGAGAUGAUGUCCCAGGCCAUGAUCAGGGGGAUGAUGGACGAGGAGGGGAACCAGUUCGUGGCCUAUUUCCUGCCCGUGGAGGAGACGCUGCGCAAGCGCAAGCGGGACCAGGAGGAGGACGUGGACUACGCCCCCGAGGACGUGUACGACUACAAGAUCGCCCGGGAGUACAACUGGAACGUGAAGAACAAGGCCAGCAAGGGCUACGAGGAGAAUUAUUUCUUCAUCUUCCGCGAGGGCGACGGCGUCUACUACAACGAGCUGGAGACGCGGUGAGCGGGACUGGGACACACUGGGACAAACUGGGGG